AAUUUGGCUGAGGCGACAUCUUAUCCAUUUGACAGGUCUUCUGCUCGAUUCGAAUUCAGGCUCUUAAACAAAACAAUCUCAAGCCCAGCACCACUCGCAGUUAUCUUUCAUACAUUACAUUAAACUUUGACUGUUGAAUUAUGGCUUUGCCACCACACAGCACAAUUGAAAUAAUUGCCAUUAAGGACAUCUACCCGGGCCUCAAGAAUGUAAAUGUGAUUUUUAUUGUCCUUGAUGUAGGACCCGUUACAUUGACGAAGGAGAACCGAGAAGUACGUACUUUCAAGGUCGCAGACCAGAGUGCCGCAAUAAACGUGUCCGUUUGGGACGAACCUGGUAAACUACUGAUGCCGGGAGAUAUCGUGCGGUUAACGAAAGGAUACGCAGCCGUUUGGCGCCAAUGCUUAACUCUAUACUCCGGAAAAAAUGGCGAAAUACAUCGGUUGGGAGAUUUCUGUUUCACCUUCAAUGAAAUGAUUAAUAUGAGCGAACCGAAUCCAACUCUGGCGGUGGGCAAUGCUCCGAUUCAUGGAAAUGGUGUAGCGGCUACCAACACUGCUGGAGCUAAAGGUGGACGACAGCCGGUUACAACUGAAGCUGGACCGCCACAAGUCAUGGCGGGAGCGGGGGCAGGUGGAGCUGGAGGAGCAAAAGGAGCUCAACAGACAGCACGAUUUUCAUCCGGUGGAGCUGAGCAGAACAAGUCUUCACCAAAAAACGCUCCACGGACGGGCAGAAGUGGUCAGGCAAAGGGUUCUGCAUCGAAAGCUGAGAGGAGAUAA